CCGGAUAUUAGCGUUUAGUAAAACAACUAAAACUUCGUGGAAAAAUUUUAACUGAGAAAAAAUUGAAUAUGACACAAAAAAUAUAAGCUUCGAUAUGCUUUAGUAUUGUACAACUUAGCAGCAGAGGAAAAGAUUAUUUGUCGCGUGCGGGAUGUUGAAUUAGGAGUUUGCAAGCUCUCUAGGGUCUUUACCUCAUAGAGAGAGUUACCCUCUGCAUAUUUAGAGUAAAGUAGUGGAAUCGUUGAUCGACAGUCACUAGUUUCAGGGAAGGCAAUUCGAUACUCUUGAUUUGCACUAUAACAUUUCGUGUCACAAAUGUGAUUUCUGUUUUAUGCAACUAUCUUCAGAGAGUAAGAGUUUAAUGACAAGUAUUGUGGUUGAUGGUGUAUUUACAGAAGGUUGCGAUGAUGUAACGUUUUAUUAGUAAUACCAUAGAAAAUGUUUAAAAAUAUUUUCUUUACAAGUCAUGGAAUUUUUCGUUUAUGUAAAGACAGUGUAAUUAAGAAUGUUUUAAAUUUUAUAUAAAGAAAUGUUUGAGUUUACGUUGGAUAUAUACAUGUGAUUUGAAGAAAUAACAAAAAGUAAUUGACAAUCAUGCAAGUUAACACGUGUGUAACACCACGAAUUUUUACUGCUAUACAAAAUGUGGAUAUACAGGAAUUAUCAAUAUGUUCUCAUAAAGAAAUUCGACCAAUUUUACCAUGUUUGGUUCGUAUGAGUCUUAUUUCUCCUUUAGACAUAACAAGAGACUGUGUUGAAGAAAGAAAGCAAGUUUUAACAAUUUUAUCUGGUAUUGAGUCGGUAAACUCAAUAAUUGCAUUGCUUUCAAUAGAUUUUCAUGCAUUGGAAACUGACGUUCGGAAAGAACAGCAAUUGAGGCAAAAAUUAGGUAGCUUGCAAAGAGAUAGUGUACUCGCUCAAUCAUUACAAAGCGGGCUUGCUUUGGAAUUUGAACGUAGUGAGUCUACAAGACGAAUAAGACUAGUUCUAAGCGAAUUGUUAUAUAUAGCAUCUCAAGUACAGGAAUUACAAAAGAAUCAAGAAUUUCAAAUCAAGCAAUCUGAUUUAUUUGAUAAUGCAGUGUACAUGGAAGAGAUUAGUUAUGUGAUUUGCAUUGCACUUGCAGAGUUGCCAACAUUAUUAUCUAUUUUAGAUAUCGCAGAAACAUUAUUACAUGUUAAACAUGGUCCAGAAAUAAUUUGCUGGAUAGUUGCUAAUAUUCCUGAUAGUUUCACUGAAGUAUGUGCGCAUUUAAUUGCCAAUGGAGAAAGACAAGAAGAAUCAACGUUAGGUCGGAUUAGAACAAUGGCUUUAUCAAUGUUGUGUCAAAUGAACCCUAGUCAAGCCUUGGCAAUAAGAGCAAAGUGUGUAGAACUAUGUAGAAUGCCUGCCUUAGCAAUUACAUUAAGUCUGGAUCAUGACAAUACAAAUAACGAUGGAUCAGAAAGUGAUAUAGUUGCAUUUGUAUCAGGAUUAUUACUUGGUAGCGAUCAACAAGUAAGAACAUGGAUUGCAAUGUUUAUUAGAAAUGGCCAAAAACGUAAAUGGGAAUCACAUACAGCAUUGCAAUCUUUAAGAGAGGAACUACUAAAACGUUUACAAGUGAUUACAUCACAAAAUGCAGGUCAAUUAGCAGAAAGUCAAGUUGUUCAAGCUAGCGCAUUAUUGCGCCUUUAUUGUGCGUUAAGAGGUAUUGGAGGUAUUAAAUUUCAAGAUGAUGAGGUAGCAAUGAUCGUUCAAUUGUUAACAUCUCAUCCUCCUCCAUCUCCUGCUGGUGUAAGAUUCGUUUCUUUAGGUCUUUGUAUGCUUAUUGCAUGUUCAUCAUUAAUAGGACAUCACAAUCUUGAGAAGCGUAGUAUAGAAUGGGUGCAGUGGCUUGUCCGUGAAGAAGCUUAUUUUGAAAGUGCUAGUGGUGUAACAGCAAGUUUUGGAGAAAUGUUACUGUUAAUGGCUAUACAUUUUCAUAGCAAUCAGUUAUCAGCUAUUUGUGAACUUGUGUGUGCAACUUUAGGGAUGAAAAUACCAAUUAGACCAAAUAAUUUGACUAGAAUGAAGCAAAUUUUUAUGCAAGAAAUAUUUACCGAGCAAGUUGUUACAGCUCAUGCAGUUAAGGUGCCUGUAACAGCAAAUUUAAAUGCAAACAUUCCAGGAUUUUUACCUGUACACUGUAUUCAUCAACUGUUGAAAUCACGAGCAUUUGCAAAACACAGAGUACCAAUAAAAAAUUGGAUUUAUAAACAGAUUUGUAAUAGUGUGCCUCCACUGCAUCCAGUUCUUCCUGCUUUAGUUGAAGUAUAUGUAAAUUCCAUUGUACUAACAAACAAUAAAACAUCGGAACACACGAACAAACCAAUUACUGAGGAUGAAAUUACAAAGGUAUUCCAAAAUAGUGUUUUUGGUGCAAAUUUUGAUUUUAAAAAAGGAAUUAAUGCUCCUCAAUGCGAGGUAGAUAAUGCAGAUAUCGAUGUUUCAAAACCUUCUCUCACAUCACAGUUAUUACUGUUGUAUUACUUAUUACUAUAUGAAGAUGUCAGAUUAUCUAAUAUGCAUACAUUCGUAUCACAAGAUAGAAAAGUUAAAUCAUACUCAACUGAAUUUCUAUCUGAGUUACCAAUAAAAUACCUACUUCAAUUGGUUCAAAGAGAUCAAAUGAAUUAUGCUGGUCUAUUUUCUCCUCUCCUUAGACUACUGGCUACUCAUUUUCCUCAUCUUUCAUUAGUAGAUGAUUGGCUCGACAAUGAGAUGAUUAAUAUAGAUUCUACAGUUACAAAUUAUGAGAAUGUAAAAAUUACCGAUAUCAUGAUUAUUGAAACAUUUUCACAUAUUCAAACAUGUCCUUCAAGAACAGGAAGAUUGUUAAGACAGUUAAUGUCAACAAAACCAAUUGAUAUCUGGCCUCAUGCUGAAGUUAUAAUUUAUUAUUUUAAGGCUAUUUUAAAUCAGGGAGUUCCUAGGUAUAUUCAAGAACUAUACAAACAAGUGUGGCUCAGAUUAAAUACAGUUCUUCCAAGAUGUUUAUGGGUGUUAUCAAUAAAUGCUCUAUUGAUAGAAAAUUCUAUUAUAAAGAAUGUAUUCUUAACACAAGAAAAUAUUGUCUUAGAUCCCCUACAAGUACUGAGAUGUGACACAAGAGUGUUUAGAUGUGCACCAAUUUUAUCUAUUAUUAUAAGAAUUUUGCAAGCUGCAUUAGCAGCGUCUCGAUCUCAAUUAUCUAGACAUAUACAAGACAAACCAUUAACUGAAAAAAUUGGUCAGUUAUCAAAUGAUACUGAAAGAGAAGAUUUAAGAACAGCGUUAGUCGCAGGUCAAGAGAGUGCAGCUGUUCAAAUAUUAUUAGAGGCAUGUUUAGAAACAAAAGAAGACAGAGAAACUCCUGGACAAAUGUGGUCCUUAAGAGAAGUUCAGAGUAUCAUUUGUUCAUAUUUGCAUCAAGUGUUUAUAGCAGACCCAUCACUGGCCAAAUUGGUUCACUUUCAAGGUUAUCCAAGAGAAUUGUUACCUAUCACAGUUACUGGUAUUCCAUCCAUGCAUAUAUGUCUUGAUUGGAUUCCUGAAUUGUUAUCACAACCAGAACCAGAGAAGCAAAUAUUUGCCGUAGAUUUGGCAUCACAUCUUGCAAUUCAAUACGCUUUACCAAAGGCUUUGAGUGUUUCUCGUUUAGCAAUUAAUACUUUGGUAACACUUUUAGGAGUAUUAUCUGCAAAAGAUCGUGUAAUUUUAUUUAUGCCCGUACUACCAGCUUUAAUACGAAUAUGUUUAGCUUUUCCACCAUUAGCCGAAGAUACUACAGGUUUAUUGUUACAACUUGGUAGAGUUAAUUCUGCUCAAGCAGCAUUAGGAGAUAAGUCUGCCGAUAUUUUAUGUCGUGAAGUUACUGAAACUUUUUGUAUGUUAUUACAAAAAGCUAUACUACAGUCACAAGUGUAUUAACAAAUUAUUUUUAUUUUUCGCAUUGACUAUAAUCUAAUCGUUUCAUUAAAUUUAAUUAAAUUGAAACAAUGAUUAUCUAAACAGUUGAAAGUACAAAUUGUUUAGAUUUACUUACAUUAAGGGUAGUACAAAUUAUAUCUAAAAUUUGGAAAAAAAUAUAUACAAGUCUUGCUACAAAAUUUUGAUAACAGUAUGAGAAAAAACACAGAAAAAUUGGAACAGAUGGUUUUAUUGUUUUUCAGAAUAUUUUCCCUUAACAUUUAUACAUUUUCCAUUCAGUAGGAGAUAUAGCCAAAACAGGCGAUUUAUGUGUUUUAACAAUUUCUUCAAUAGUAAAAUGCUGAUCAUGCAUUAUAUUCUUCAACUAAUUAACAAGGAACAAGUAUCAGGGUUAUAAGAACAAUGAGACAAUAAUUUGAUGUUUCGAUGCCUCAAGUAAUUGAUCAUUCGAGUUACUAUGUAAGGGUGUGCAUUAUCACGAUGCAGAAUUAUCCAUUUUUUCACUUUGUUUUUCCGAAUUUCACUAAUAACUUUUGGUUCUGUACUAACCACAAUUAACUCUCUUUUUGAUUUUUAAAGCCACAUUAGCAAGACUACGAAUAAAACCAAAGAAAAAAAUUCAUCAGUUUUUUCUUUUUGAAAACAUAGAGAUCGGAUAUCUUCUGUUAGUUUGGGUUAUUUGAAAAACACAAACAGACGAUUGGUGUUUAGUUUUAGGAUUUAUUCGUAUAAAUCCGAAUUUCGUCACCUUUGUCGACUUUGUAGAUAGGAGUGUCGAAUUAGUGGUCCGUGAGUUAACUGUGGCUCCUUCUUCUCGUUAUCUAACCACUUACAAAGUUAUAGGAUAAUGACCCUAUUUAUGCCCUGACUCGUGCAGAUCCUGAAAUUAAGGAAGAAGAAGAAGAAACGACUGAUCGAGGUUUACACCUUUUUGGUUUUUCGAGGGGAAAAAAUUAGACAGGUCUCUUACAAAUCAAAUUUAAAAACCCUACACUGAUUUUUUAAGUAUCGAACUAUAGAUAAUUCAAGAAGCGCACAGCUUUUUUGCAUUUUCUUUUCAUUUAUUUAUUAGGUGAGUGCAAAAGUUCUGAUGGAUUCUCGAUGAUGAAAUCGUAAUUAUGAUGUAGAAACAAUGCGUAAUUACACUGUGGAACAAAUUUUGACCUAUGUCAGUUUUUGCAAUAGCCACUAUGUAAUUCUUAUAGAGUUCCUUACCCUAAAUACGAAUCCGAA